CGCCCUGCCCGCCCGCCCCGCUCUGCCCUGCUCUGCGUGCUCCAUUGACGUCGCGGUCACUUUCUUUAUUAAUUGCCGUGGUUUCUUUUUGUUCCUCAUCGUCAUUCGCGUGGUCGACGACGAUUUUCGUUGGUUUGCGAUGGCCGUCAACGUUCACGCCACGUCUGUGACGACAGAAAACCUCUCCCGGCACGACAUCAUCAACUGGAUCAACGAAACACUGCAGCUGCAAUACAGCAAGAUCGAACAGCUCUGCUCUGGUGUGGCAUACUGCCAGUUCAUGGACAUGCUGUUCCCCGGCUGCAUCUUGCUCAAGAAGGCCAAGUUCCAGGCCAAGCAUGAGCACGAAUAUCUGCACAACUUCAAGCUGUUACAAGUCGCCUUCAAGAAGAUGGGCGUGGACAAGGUGAUACCGGUGGACAAGCUGGUGAAGAGCAAGUUCCAGGACAACUUUGAGUUCGUGCAGUGGUUCAAGAAGUUCUUCGACGCCAACUACGACGGCAAGGAGUACGACCCGAUGGGAGCGAGGCACGGCAUGCAGGGCCCCGUGGCGUCUGGCAGCGUCGAGCAGCUGGCGCCGAAGACGCGCAAGCCGGUCCUGCCCAACCGCCCGCGCAUAGUGCCGGAUCCAGCGCAUGGGGGCAGCCUCCCAGCGACCCAAGCCAGCGCAGGGCCCCGGAGGCUGCCAGCCGGGGGGGCGGCGGCGCGGGCGGCGGCGGCGUCACGCAACGGGUGCGGGGAGGACCCUGCGGUGGCCGAGCUCGGCCAACAGCUUACAGACUUGAAGUCCACAGUGGAGACGCUGGAGAAGGAGCGGGACUUCUACUUUGGAAAACUGCGCGAGAUCGAGGUUCUGUGUCAGAGCACCGCUGACAAGAUGCCCGUCAUCCGAAGCAUCUGCGACAUCCUCUACGCCACGGAGGAUGGAUUCCAGGUGCCGGAAGACGAGGUGGAGGGAGAGCAAGAGUCGUACUAAACACUGCUGCACAUGCCCACGGCGCCAGCCCACGGCGCCAGCCACACCGCAACCACGCGUCGCGACCGAGUGGUGCCACACGCACCGCAUGGGAACACGCGGGUCGCCACGCACGCACCACACGCACCACGCCGAGCCAAACCUAUCGCACGCCACACGCGCACACGCACCGUACAAACGCGCACGUCACGGCGCGCAAAACCAAACGUGCCGCGCGUCACAGACAUGCGCGCGAUGCCACAUCGCGCGCUCUCUCAGCCUCUUGACCUCAGGCUUUUUAUUCGAUGACUCUUUCUCUUCCCCCCAAUGUCACCUGACCCCCCCCUCCCCACCACCCGUCCGUGUCUUAU